AUGAGUACCACAAAACUUGGCAUUCUACUCAUACGCACAAUUGCAAAACCAAUCGCGAGUAGUAUCAAAGACUAUAGCAAAAGACACGAAAGAUUUCGAGAGCUUUGUAUUAGCGUUGCGCAGGCUACACAUCGCCUUGAGAUGCAAUUGAAACUGCGUCUAUUAAAUUUACCAGAAGAAAAGAUUCGACCUUUGAAUGAUGCUAAAGCAAUAGAAGCUGGUGCCAAUUUCCUAGGUGAAGCAAUAAUCUUUGGGAUCGCUGGAUCAUUAAUAAUAUGGGAGCAAACGAGAUCUUAUAAGCACACCAAAGAACGCAAUACUCAUGUAGACGAAACAUUAAAUAGAUUAGAGAAUGAAGUAGCCGAGCUUCGCUCACACCUUCAGAAUAAUCGCGCUUUUCAAGCGCAAUUACAAUUACAUUUAGAUCAAGCUCGCGAGGACAAUGAAAAACUAACUAAAAUAAUGGAUCAUGUGUUGAACAAAAUAGAACCAAAUCGAAAUAGUGCAAAUGGCGGAGAUGAUGUCGGGGGCAGCAGUAGAUCAGGAUCGGGUUGGGAUAAUUCUCCGAGCGGUAUUAAUAAUCGGCAUAGAGAACAAUUAAAUCAUUACUCUAAUAGACCAUCAUAA